GUUCUUUUUAUCGUCCUCCACAACAGGAGGAGGACCCUCGACACUCAUGCUCACUACGGUCUCGCCUCGAAGGAUCACAAGACCCAAGGUGCGUUUCAACACCUGCUCUGGAGGCGUCUCCUCUCCUUGUUUUUUCUUGGGGCGGAUACGGCGAAACUCUUCGCAGUCCGCCAAUACGAGGUUCAUAUGACGAUCAAAGGCGAGCAUCUGUCCCGUUAGAGUACGGCCAUCGUUGAUCGUGACCUUCAAGCGCCAAUUUAUGAGACCUAGCAUUUUGCCGCCCUUGGAUUUGGGUGGAGGCUAGAUAGCGCAUGAGCGGGGAGAGGCGUAAGAGGAACGUUGAGCUGACCAUGGUGGGCGAUGUCGAUAGAGUAGCCAACAAAACACACAGCAACAAAAAUUCACGGUCACGAGAAUGGAGCCAGGAUUAGAAUUAUCGCAAACCUCGAAUUUGUACUGUACACAAGGACCACAACUAGAGAAGUUUCCAGACACCGAUGAUGUCCUGCCAUUCUACUUCCUCUGCAUUUUCGCUCUCGUCUUCGCCAUUUUCUCCCUCGAACAAGAGAACCAUGGUGACUGCGACAUCUGUGCAACCCAAAACUCGCGCGUAACGUUUGCCGUUCCGGGGACUGAACGUCCGAGGCUCCAUGUACAAGCCCUGCUCGGCGAAUUAGAGCGCGGGGGAGGGCUUGGCAUGGCCACAUACCAAGAACCCAAUCAUUGCUCCCGCUACAAGCUGGUCUUUGGUCUGGAUGAGGGGGGCACUGUCGAGGUCGAAAAAGGGAGCAUACAGCUUCGGUUGCUGAGGCUCUCCUUCUUCCUCCCCGUGGUCGAGAGCGAUUAGCUCGCUUUGCAUCUUCCGGCGAGAUUUCUUCGGCCGAUGCAUACCCUCCUCAACGUCAAUCGAAGUAAUGAAUGCAUUGGAAGGGAUGGAUUCGGGGGCCAGUGACGAAGGAGGAAUCAGCACAGGCCGCUGCACUUGUGGCUGCGCUUCCUCGGGUGGCGGCGAGCCAAAAACUAUCUUCAUCUUGCGAGGGUCAACCCCCUCUGGGAUGCGCCUGCUCUUGUUCUUGUUCUUGGACUUGGGAAUCAUGGACAUCAUCUGGACGGUCAAGGUUUGCUCCGAUGCCGUGGACUGAGAUGGAGCCACUCGCCCAGCGAUGAUACCCGAUUCGAGAGCACCGACCUGCUCGCUGCCCUCUAACACAUGAUAUGAUACAGAUGCGACAGAGGACCCGGGCCCAUGGAUAUCACCACACUGUUCGUUUUCUUCGAUAGUGCUGUGAUUUUUUCCUGUCUUCGGUAGCGCAAAAGUAGAGUUGGCAGUGGAAAGAAAGUCUGGUUGCCCAGCUAUCGCGGCCUUCUUUAAUCGCCUUCGCGCAUUUCGUGACCGGGUGGCGGGUUUCCCUUUACCAGGCGGGACAAUGUGCCUAUGUAAUGCUGACUCCGUCGACGACACGAGUGGAGUUGGGAUAUGGGCAACAGGUUGUACUGAAGACGACGACGCGGUGGGUGAGUCGGAAUCGGAAUCGGACUCAGUCUCGGAAUCCAAGGACGAGGAUGAAGAAGAAGAGGAGGAGGAGGAGGAGGAGGAGGAGGAGGAGGAGGUUUCGAUAGAGGUACCCGUUGCAAAGGAAACGGGAGACCUCUGCUGUCGGGCUAUGGAGGCGAUAUGCGGAGGACUGGGGCUGCGUUUUCGUUUCUUCGCAGACUUUUGAGCUCCUUUAUCGCCAUAAGUCUAAGAGAACGUGGAGGCAGUUCCAGACAUGCGCACCUGCUCGCACAAUGACAAGAUCUCCGUCUCUGAGAGCUUCCGAGAAUACGCUCGAAUCCAGCAAUUGGAAUCCGUCCAACCAUAUACCCAAGGAGCAGCUUGACUCCGGGUCGAGCUCGAAGACUUUCGCACCAAGAAUGAUUUUGAGAUCUGCGAUGGUGGCGCAUUCGUCGCAUUCGUCAGAAGAAAGUGAGAACCAGACUUUGAGUGGUGUUGGGCUCAGAGAGUGAAUUUUGAGCCUCAUAUCAGCAACGGUGCCCGACGGCAAUAUCACUACCUGCAGAGACUCGUUUUAAGAAACCGAAGCCAGCAAUAAUGUGUCAGUGAUCUAGGAUAUCUCCACUGGAUAUUCCCAGGUCCAGCUACGUAGAGGUGCGCGGCCAAAGACGAAGAAAUUUAGACGGGAGUCACAGCCACUGAUGUCGCUAUCCUCGAUCUCUUGCCAGUGUGGCGUCAUCGAUGUUUGCGCUCGACAACAACGAAUCAUUACGAUUGCGCCCCUCCAUCGAGGUCUGAGCUCGAAAUAUUUACUUGAACAGGAGCUGCGCUCCUCAAUUUCUUCUUCCCUCCACCGAUGCCGCAACACGCGCUUGACCGCUACUACCUUGCAUUCACCCUCCUCGUCACGACUGGCUAUCAACUCCUGGGCUUCGCUAUUGCCUACACUUUCCAGUUCGACAAAAUCACGGACCUUACUGGGGGAUCCAAUUUCUUUCUUCUAGCCCUUCUCACCUUACUUUGCGGUCACACCUUCCACGCAAGAAAUGUCGUCGCUAGUGUACUGGCUAUGGUUUGGGCAGCCAGACUCGCCGGAUUCCUGUUCUUCCGUGUGUUGAUGACGGGCCAUGACGGACGUUUCGAUGAAAUACGUCGACAUUUCUUCAAGUUCUUGGGUAUGUCUCGGAGAAACGGAUCGGGAGCAGAUCUGAUCAUGAACAGUGUUUUGGAUCGCACAGAUCAUUUGGGUUUGGACCGUCUCGCUUCCAUUCGUCAUCCUUAAUUCCCCAGCAAUAUCGGAUACAGCGCAUGGCGGAUCUAAUCCCCCGUUCGGAACUUCUCGUGAUGUUGCUGGCGUCAUAAUAUGGUCGCUGGGAUUCAUUAUUGAAGCAGUAGCUGAUGUGCAAAAGUAUCGGUUCAAAUCAUCUCAAGCCGCUCCUAAAGACAGGCCCAUGAAUAGCGGUCUCUGGGCAUGGUCUCGUCAUCCUCCGUACUUUGGAGAGAUGAUGUGCUGGUGGGGAAUGUGGAUUCUCUGUUUGUCACCAACCACGAAUGGGACGCUGUCCACCCCAUCUAGAGCUGCACAAAAUGCUGCUGUUCUUUCGCCCUUGUUCACAUUCGUAGUGCUGAUGUUCGGCUCUGGUUUGCCAAGCUCUGCAAAGCCUCAAGCUCGGCGAUUCUAUUUGAAAGCCUACGGCUCUUCGGCAGGGCCUGGGGAUACUCAGAUCUGGGACAACUACCAGAGAUAUCUCGAACGGACCUCUAUACUGGUCCCGGUGCCACCGUCGCUCUACAAACGGUUGCCUGCUUUCGCCAAGAAGACCGUUCUAUUUGAUUUCCCCAUGUAUCAGUUCAAUGUCGAGAGGGAUGGCCCGCCAGCUAUCGAAGAAGAGCAGAGGAGGGCUGCCUGAGGGGUGUUCCGUCAGAUCCCUUACCUACAUAGGCAUGCCUUUUGAACGUGACCGCACGCGUUUCGUAUCUGUCACUAUCAUAAGUCUGCGGAUCUCCUUUAGGCAGUAUGUUUGAAUCCAAGCUUCUCCUCUUCCACGCAGAUUGUUGCAUUAGAAGUAGGUCUGGUGGGCCCAUUUCGAGGCGGCUUAUUUCAUCUGUACGUCAACCAAUCUUGGUUGCUCGUGCUUGCCUCGUGGCUGGCAUAACAAAAUGGGUUCGUCGUCUUCUAAAUCGCGCACUCGGGCAUACCCUCUCGUGAAUCCUGCUAUUCAUGUUCCAUACGGACACAAUCCCAACGCGUAUGUCAACGCCCACUUCCACCCCAACGUUCCUCCAAACAGCAAGAAGAAAAGAAAAAGGAAUCGCAAGGAGUCACGACGAGAGGGUAAUGCACGGGCUUUUGUGGAGGGAUGGCAUAUUGGAAACGGAGGGAUACCGGGAAUACAACCUCAGCUGGUCCCACCCGUGAGCCAACCUACGGGUACCUCUGCGCCUGAUAACGCAGCUUCGACCUUGAUGCCCCAAGCGCAGCCAGAAUUUGCAGCACCCGUGAAUUCAAUUGCACCAGAUCCAGCUGCAGUCUCGCAGCCGACACUAGCGGCAGUCGGACCAGACAUGGCACGUGUAUUGGAACCGCUGCCCCCUGCAAAUCCGGAGGUCUAUGGACCUCCUUCCCAGCCUACUUUUCGGCUGCUUGACAAUCCCUUGCCAACACCCCCGCGUGACCUGUACGAAUUGUCCCCGUACAACACGCUUCUGGAUCUCCCUCAUACACGAGCGUUGUUCACCACGACUCACAGCCAGCAAAGUCCGAUAUCUAUGCCCGCAAACGGGAGCUAUGGCCGUCGCAACGGUGGCCGGGCCGGGGGGAUCUUGAGGGCGAUGAUGGGGCGGAGGAAAGAGGAUCAGAUUCAGCUUGUUCCCGUGUUUAUGCAGGCUGCUCCGGCCCAGACAACGAUGCCACAGCCUGCGCAACACAGGGCGACACCAGCUCUUCUUCAGCCUCUGGCAACACCGCAUUCGGCUCAAACAGCUGCCCCGGGUCUGCUGCCGACGGCGGCUCCUGAUACCGUAAUCCGCUUUCCGAAUGAAAACCCAGAGUUUCUGGGCUUUCUCAGCUAUUCGCCUCAUCAUGUGAUCGAUGCUGAUGGGUCCAGAUAUCCUACGGUCAUGCAUCUGUACGAAGCCCAGAAAUUCCUUCCGCUGUAUCCUCAGCUGGCGAAACGCAUCCAGGCCUGUUCAGAUGUGACCCAACUACAUGAUGUGGAUAAUGAACUCACCGCGACCCACCCACACGCAGUGCGAUCUGAUUGGAGCGUAGUUUUUCUGCAAGCGAUGGAAGAUGCCGUCAGGAGAAAGUUCCAGCUGCACGCUAAUCUUCUCGAUCUAUUGCUAAGGACGGGUACCUUACCGCUGGUCUAUGCCGGUGGAGCCGACACAUUCUGGGGAGAGGGUCUGGAUGGACAAGGAUUAAAUCAGUUAGGCUUGCUCAUGCAGCGAGUACGAGAAAGUCUUCGGAGCGAAUCAGGGAUCCCUGGGUGAAUCUGGUCAUCGGUCUUGUGAUAUAUUAUGGUACAGGCUGUGGAUUUAUGACAUUCUUCUUCAAUCG